AUGCCAGUUGUGUUAGAAGACUACCAGAAAAACUUUUUGGACUUGGCGCUGGAAAGCCAGGCGCUCAGAUUUGGAAAUUUCACUUUGAAAUCCGGUCGCCAAUCGCCAUACUUUUUCAACCUUGGUCAGUUCAACACCGGGAAAUUGUUGUCGAAUUUGGCCACAGCGUACGCUAUAGCUAUCAUCCAAUCGGAUUUGAAAUUUGACGUCAUCUUCGGUCCAGCUUACAAGGGUAUCCCACUUGCAGCCAUUGUGUGUGUAAAGCUUGCGGAAAUCGGUGGCACAAAGUUCCAGAAUGUGCAAUACUCGUUCAACCGCAAAGAAGCUAAGACUCACGGUGAAGGUGGCAGCAUCGUUGGCGCCCCUCUUCAGGACCAGCGCGUCUUGAUUAUCGACGAUGUGAUGACUGCUGGAACUGCCAUCAACGAAGCGUUUAGCAUCAUUGCCGAGAACAACGGAAAUGUAGUAGGUACUAUUGUGUCUUUGGACAGACAAGAGGUUCUCAGCGUCGAGUCUAAAGAACGUGUGAGUGCUACACAAGCUGUGUCCCAGAGACACAACAUUCCAGUUUUGAGCAUUGUCACUUUUGCUAAUAUCAUCCAUUAUCUCGACGGUAAGAUUACUCCGGACGACAAACGCCACAUGGAGGAUUAUUUGCAGACUUACGGUGUUUAA